GGCGCUGCUUCCAUUGUUCGCCCGGAUCGAGUAGGAGCGGAGAUGGCCGAGACUGCCCCUGUCGCUGCGCCCGAUGUCGCCGCCGCCGCCCCGGCCCCGGCCAAAGCUCCCGCCGCCAAGAAGCCGAAGAAGGCGGCGAGCGGCUCCAAAGCCCGCAAGCCCGCGGGGCCCAGCGUCACCGAGCUGAUCACCAAGGCCGUGUCCGCCUCCAAGGAGCGCAAGGGCCUCUCCUUGGCCGCGCUCAAGAAGGCGCUGGCCGCCGGCGGCUACGAUGUGGAGAAGAGUAACAGCCGCAUCAAGCUAGGCAUCAAGAGUCUCGUCAGCAAGGGUGUCCUGGUGCAGACCAAGGGCACCGGCGCCUCCGGCUCCUUCCGCCUCAGCAAGAAGCCCGGAGAAGUGAAGGAAAAAGCCCACAAGAGGAGAACAGCUGCAGCCAAGCCCAAGAAGCCGGCGGCUAAGAAGCCCGCCAGCGCCGCCAAGAAGCCGAAGAAGCCGGUGACAGCGAAAAAGAGCCCCAAGAAGGCGAAGAAGCCGGCGGCCGCCGCAGCCAAGAAAGCGGCCAAGAGCCCCAAGAAGCCGACAAAGGCUGCCAAGCCCAAAAAAGCGGCGGCAGCAGCCAAGAGCCCGGCUAAGGCGAAAGCGGUGAAGCCGAAAGCAGCCAAGCCCAAGGUCGCCAAGCCGAAAGCAGCCAAGGCAAAGAAGGCAGCUCCCAAGAAAAAAUAAAAUGGUGUAAAAAAAAAAAAUCUGCGUUGCAGAUAACCCAACGGCUCUUUUAAGAGCCACCCAAAUUUUUAUAAAAAGAGCUGAAACUCACUUAAUUUCUUAAAACCAUUUUUCGUAUAACGAGUGCAAUUUUAACCUGGUUUUCUCUCGGUUUUGUCUCUUGUUUUUUUCUCUCUGUUGCUAUCGCUAUUAUGUGAACCUGGUAACAUUUUUGCGCUCUGUUCUUUGCCGGUGCAGAGCAGCGCCGUUGCGGAGCUUACCGCGACACGUCUUUAAUAAAAGUCCCCAUCCAUCCGUGCAAA